AUGACGGUCUCCCAUGACGGCCCGGCCUCGGUGGCAGCAGCGAACGAUAAUGCCACUGCUUCGCUGCCCCCGCAAGCAAGGAAACUCCAUGGGCGUGCAUUCUAUGAAAGCAUCGGGAGCCCAAAAUUUGUCCUCGCCCCUAUGGUCGAUCAAUCCGAAUUCGCAUGGCGUCUUCUAACCCGCUCCUUCAUGUCUCCAUCCUCUUCCAAGCAGCUUGUGGCAUACACCCCCAUGCUGCACGCGCGAAUGUUCGGCGAGACGGCCAAUUUUCGAGACAAGCAUUUCCAGCCUCUGCGCUCGCCCCUCUCUUCGCAUCCCGACCCCGCUUCUCCUCCGCCUCCCUCGUCGGCUUUUCUAGAUGGGAACCCUUCGAUUGACCGGCCGCUUUUCACACAAUUCUGCGCCAACGAUCCUGAUGAGUUAUUGCGAGCGGCGAGAUAUGUGGCGCCCUUCUGCGAUGCGGUCGAUUUGAAUCUGGGGUGCCCGCAGGGGAUCGCGAGGAAGGGGAAAUACGGCGCUUUCUUACAGGAAGACCAGGAGCUCAUAUAUUCGUUAAUAAAUAAGCUGCACCUCCAUUUGGAUGUGCCAGUUACGGCUAAAAUUAGGAUCUUGGAGACGAAAGAGAAGACGUUGGAAUAUGCGCAGAAUGUUCUGAGGGCAGGAGCCAGUAUCCUCACGGUCCACGGGAGACACAGGGAUCAGAAGGGCCAUAAGACGGGCUUGGCGGAUUGGAGUGUGAUCCGGUUUCUCAGAGAGCAGUUGCCAAAGGAGACGGUGUUAUUCGCAAAUGGCAAUAUUUUGCGGAGAGAGGAUAUCGAUCGUUGCUUGGAAGAGACGGGGGCAGAUGGGGUCAUGAGCGCGGAAGGGAACCUAUACGAUCCUGCUAUCUUCUCAGACGCACCAGCGGUAGGCGAGGAAGGGAGGGAGUACUGGAGGGGUAAGGAUGGCAAGGGCGGCUGGAGAAUGGAUGCGGUAUUCAGGAGGUAUAUGGAUAUUCUCUACAAAUACGUAUUGGAAAUUCCAAUCCCGGAGAGAAAGCUGCUAUAUCUGCCAUCUGAUCCAGAAGAAGCGGCUGUGACCGAGGCGAAAGACGGUCAAAAAGAGGAAGAAGGACCACCAAAGAAGAAGCAGAAGAAGGACAGGAAAGAGAAAACAUCAAGUCCUAAUCUUUUGGCUAUGCAGCCACAUCUCUUCCGUCUUCUGCGACCGCUCGUAGCCAAACAUCACCAUAUCCGAGAUGCGCUAGCGAAAUGUCGAGCAGGGGAUAUAGCGGCUUUUGAAAAUGUCCUGCAGAUGGUUGAGGAAGCUGUCAAGGGGGGCUUAAAGGAGUAUGCGGAGACGGAUGGCAAGAGCUGGGAGGAGGAGUUAGAGAGGGAUGAGAGGUUGAACCGGUUGGCGCAGGAUGUCUCUGCGGAAGCGAACCAGGAGAGAGAUGAGGAGUACGAGAGCUCGCUGCAGACGGUCAAAGAAUGCAAGAGGCCUUGGUGGGUGGUGCAACCUUAUGUGCGGCCCCUUCCCAAGGAGGCGUUGGCAAAGGGAAGCCUGACUUUGAGUAAGAAGGAGAAGGCGGAGUUAGAGAAAGAGGGGGAAAAGAUUAAGAAGGAAGCAACGGUGCCAAGUGGAUACAUAGAGGUGGAGACUGUGGGGACUGGCCCGGAAACAGUGGACAUCCCCAAGGAGGGUUUGCUCUGUGGAUAG